GUCCAUUGCAUUUGCAUCCUAAACAACUGUUAAACACAGAAGCUAAGAAGAUAGAACUUUGAUCAUAUAUUAUUGUCCUAGCUAGCUAAACCACAUCAUAUAUUCAUAUAUAUAUAUAUAGCACUUUGAUCAACUAUAUAUCUAGCUAUAAGCUAAAUAUAUGCAUGCAAUGAUGUGGUCGGCUUCAAAAGUGUUAAUCAUCCUCCUCCCAUCCAUGCUUCUCUGUAGCUUUCUAGCUACGGUCCAAGCGUCUGUUGUUCAUCGCCACAAAUUCAUUGUUGAAGAAACAGCCUACACGAGGCUAUGCAGCAGUAAGAAGAUCAUAACAGUGAAUGGACAAUUCCCUGGUCCCGUUCUCUACGCCAAUAAAGGAGACACCCUCAUAGUUGACGUUUACAACAAGGGAACCCAAAACAUAACGAUUCACUGGCAUGGCGUGAAACAGCCGAGGAAUCCAUGGCCAGAUGGUCCCGAGUUCAUAACCCAGUGCCCCAUUCGCCCAGGAACCAAGUUUAGCCAGAGAAUAUUGCUUUCAAUGGAGGAAGGCACCAUCUGGUGGCAUGCCCACAGUGACUGGGCUCGUGCCACAGUCCACGGUGCCUUCAUUGUUUAUCCCGCCAAGGGCACCCAAUAUCCUUUCCCUAAACCCUUUGCUGAAGUGCCCAUUGUGUUAGCAGAGUGGUGGAAGAGUGACGUUCAACAAGUUCUCAACCAGUUUCUCUCUAGCGGGGGAGACCCUAACGUCUCUGAUGCUUUUCUCAUCAAUGGCCAACCCGGAGAUCUUUAUCCAUGCUCUAAAAAUGAUACAUUCAAGUUAACAGUAGAGCAUGGGAAAACUUAUUUGCUUCGCAUGGUGGGUGCUGUGAUGAACGCAAUGGUGUUCUUCUCUGUGGCUAACCACCAAAUUACAGUGGUGGGAACAGAUGGGUCCUACACAAAGCCAUUCAAGAGUGAUUAUAUUACCAUCUCCCCAGGUCAAACCAUUGACUUCUUGCUAGAAGCCAAUCAGCCCCCGAACCACUACUACAUGGCUGCCAAAGCCUAUAGUAGUUCUCCCGGGGCCGGGUUCGAUCGCACAACCACCACAGCCGUGGUUCAAUAUAGUGGAAAUUAUACUCCGUCUUCCUCGCCACUCAUGCCCGUUCUCCCGGCUUUCAAUGACACCAAUUCCUCAGUCGCUUUCACCGGAAAGCUCCGAAGCUUAGCCGAUAAAGAUCAUCCCAUAAAUGUCCCACUCAACGUGACAACUAAUAUGUUGUACACUGUUUCGAUCAAUACAUUUCCAUGCGCUGAUAAUAACACGUCUCAUUGUGCUGGACCUCAAGUCAGUAGGUUCGCGGCAAGUGUGAACAACAUAAGUUUCGUUCUACCCAAAAUAGAUAUUCUUCAAGCAUACUACAAGCAUAUCAAGGGAGUUUAUAGUACAGAAUUCCCUUCUUUUCCACCGCUCAACUUCGAUUUCACGAAUGCAACACUUCCUGUUACAUUUCGGACACCUGAUCGAGGAACAGAAGUGAAAGUGCUUGAAUAUGGCACAGUUGUGGAGAUUGUUUUCCAAGGAACAAAUUUGUUUUCUGGGAUCGAUCAUCCGAUGCAUUUGCAUGGGCACAGUUUUUACGUUGUUGGUUGGGGAUUUGGUAAUUUCAAUAAGAGCAAAGAUCCUCAGAACUAUAAUCUUGUGGAUCCACCUCAUGUGAACACAAUUGCAGUUCCUAGGAAUGGUUGGACUGCCAUUAGGUUCUCAGCUAAGAAUCCUGGGGUGUGGUUUAUGCACUGUCAUUUUGAUCGACAUACAAGUUGGGGAAUGGAAAUGGCCUUUAUAGUUAAGGAUGGAAAGCGGCCCAGUGAGAAAAUGCUCCCAUCUCCCCAUGAUAUGCCAAAAUGUUGAAGACGUCACAAACAUUAACAUUAUUUUAUUUAAUAAAUUCCCAUUAGUUUCUUUAGUUAUCAUCAUGAAUAUAUAUUUUUAUUAAUUGUUUGCACAAAUAAGCACUUUGAGUGCAAUGCUUUCCGAUCUUAAGUUUUUAUCUGGUUAGUUUCAUUCCACAUUGUAGAGAGUUUAUAAUGUGCAAGUAUAUAACUCGUUUCUUGUAAUUAAUCCAAAAUAUGUAUAGAUCGAGUCAGGGGCGUAUCUACUAUGGGG